AAAAGAGCAGAGCCUCUCAACACAGGUCAAAAUGAUAACUCUUUGGGAAAGCGUGAAGUGGAACCAAAAUCAAUUCUGUCAAAUUCAAACAAUUGCAGCUGCCAAGAAUUCAUUUUGGGCACCAGACCUUGUUAUAGCAGAGAGCAUCAGUACUGAGUUUGGAGGAAAGGAGUCUCUAAACGUGCAGUUGAUCUACUUUGGCUACACACUUUUGUCUGAGAUACUUUCUCUGAACACCGCCUGUAAGCUGGACCUCUACAAGUUCCCCUUCGACACCCAGAGCUGCAAUAUAACACUUCAGUCUGCAGCGUAUUCAAAUAUAGAUCUGAAAAUAUUUAUGCUGCAUGAUACAGGCGUUCUUACAAAUUCUUCCAAGCAAUCCUUUCAGUCCCAGGGGGAGUGGGAGCUCCUCAAUAUAAGUACAAUCAAAUCUAAAUUCAGCCCUUGGUAUAGCUACACAGAUCAGCUGAUAUAUCAGAUCACCAUCAGAAGAAGACCUCUGCUGCAUGUCAUCAACAUUAUGCUACCAGUGUUUUCCUUCCUUGUGCUGGACGUGACCUCCUUCUUCAUGGAUGUAGACGGAGCAGACAAGCUGAGCUUUAAAGUGACUUUACUUCUGGCUAUUUCUGUGCUGCUGCUGAUUCUUAAUGACACCCUGCCCUCAACGGCUGAUAAAGUUCCUCUGAUUGGUGAGUCAGUAGCCCCUUUCAUUUAAUUUUCUGUCAACGUUCUAAUUUUCCAACAUUACCUGUAAAAUU